AUGUCCAUCACAAUUUAAGCUUUGGCAUUUAGCUUCAGCUUCGUUCAGCCUCCGUCUCCUCUUUCUUCAUUCCUCUUCUCAUGGCUGCCAGUUUUUGCUGCCCAUUCAGCAAACAAUUGGUCCAACUCCUCCUCCUAAUUCCCUCCCCGAAUAGCCCUUUUCGUUCCAGAAAUGACGACGACGUCGUCCGCGGUGAAGAACAGCAACAACAACUUUUUGCCACCUGGGCUGGUGUCCAAUUUGCAGGAGGUGCUCCUUAAGAGAAAGGGUGCGGAUGACCCGGACCCACAAUCACAGUCCUCCUCUGCCGCCAAACCACCCACUGUCAACGAUGAAUCGGCGGAACCUUCUUCGUCGUCUGCUUCCAAUUCCGGCCGGGUUGAUGACCAGCCUGAUUCAGAUACCUCUAAACCGGUCAUUUUGGUCACCAAUGGUGAUGGGAUUGAAUCCCCUGGCCUUACCCAUUUGGUUCAAGCUCUUGUUUGUCUAGGCCGUUACAAUGUCCACGUUUGUGCCCCUCAAUCGGAUAAAUCUGCCUCCGGUCAUUCGUUGACUAUGAGAGAGACUAUUUCUGUUAGUUUAGCUGAAAUUGAUGGUGCCACCGCAUACGAAGUUUCUGGGACUCCUGCCGAUUGUGUUUCUUUGGCUUUAUCUGGGGCUUUAUUUUCUUGGACAAAGCCUUUGCUGGUAAUUAGCGGAAUCAACAGGGGUUCAAGUUGUGGCCACCACAUGCUUUACUCAGGUGUUGUUGCUGGAGCUCGAGAAGCACUGAUUAGUGGUGUGCCAUCUUUAUCGAUAUCAUUGAAUUGGAAGAAGGAUCAAAGUCAGGACAAUGAUUUCAAGGAUGCUGUUACUGCCUGUAUGCCAGUACUAGAAGCAGCUUUUGGAGACAUAGAGAAGGGAGUUUUUCCAAGGGACUGCUCUUUCCACAUAGAAGUUCCGACAUCUCCUUUGGCAAACAAGGGGUUCAAAUUGGCAAAACAAAGUCUCUGGAGGUCUACACUUAAUUGGCAAGCAGUUUCAUCAAAUAGGCAUCCAUCUUCUGGACGUUUCAUGUCCAAUCAACAGAUCUUGGGUAUGCAGCUUGCUCAACUCAGCCGGGAUGCUUCUGCUGCUGGUGCUGCUCGCCGUUUGGGCACACAGAAGAAGAACGUUGAGGUGGUUGAAUCAGUUGGUGUUGCCGGGAAAUCUGAUUCCAAUCGGACUUUGAGAUAUUUCAGGCUGGAGUUCCUCGAUAAAGAUCAGGGAGGAGAAGAUGAGGAUCUGGACUUCAGAGCGCUUGAAAAUGGCUUCAUAGCCAUCACUCCUGUAUUUCCUCAAUCGCAAGUAGAGUCGGAAACUCAAGUGGCUGCUUCUGAUUGGGUUUCCAGAGCACUGAAAGUUGGCCAGUGAAGUUUGCUUAAAGUCGACAGCAUUAGUGGGAUUUUGUGUAUAUCGGAAGACGAUGCCGCUUUAGUCGUCAUGCAACUUGCUCUGUGGUUUCGACCUGAAUUUUGUUCUAAAUUUUAUUUGGUCUCAUAUUUUUGAUAGGUUCUUCUGGAACCAAGUUUCUUAGUCCAUUUGUUUGUCUUGUGGAGCAGAUGGCUUCCUGUGUUGAUUGAUACAGCUGGCACAGCUGAAGUGCCUGUUGUCAGCUUGUAUCUUUAUCACACUACUGUAAAAGUCGCAUUGUAGGUUUUCUUUCUUUCUUUCUCAAUUUCUUCUUUUCCCCUCUAAAAUUUUAAGGUGAGGAAGGAGAGUUGGUUUAUUGUAUUGUAAUUGUGGUAGCACAAUGUAACUGCAAACAGUCAGGUUCGAAUGAUCGCACCCUUAAUUUAUUUGGUUUAGUGUUGUUUAC